AUGAAAAACAGGAAUAACAGCACUGAAUUUGUUCUUUUAGGACUUUGUCAAAAUAAUGAGGUUCAGGUUCUGUGUUUUGUACUAUUCUCAUUUUGUUAUGUGGCUCUUCUAAUGGGAAAUUUGAUAAUCAUGAUGUCCAUCCUGGUCAGUCAGCUCAUUGACCAACCCAUGUACUAUUUCUUAACCUAUUUAUCCCUUGUAGAUGUUUGUUAUACCUCCACAGUGACACCAAAGCUCAUCAGUGACUUGUUGGUUGAAAGGAAGACCAUUUCUUACAACAACUGCUUGAUCCAAGUUUUUACAAUGCACUUGUUUGGGGCAAUAGAAAUCUUUGUUCUUACAGGAAUGGCCUAUGACCGGUACGUGGCCAUCUGUAAACCUCUGCAUUACCAGGUGAUCAUGAGCAGGAAGAGGUGCAAUAUGAUGGUCUUAGCUGCCUUUGCUUGGGGAAUUCUGCAUUCAUUUUCUCAGUUUGUACUCAUAACGUUUUUACCCUUCUGUGGUCGCAAUGAGAUAAAUCACUAUUUCUGUGAUGUAUAUCCCUUAUUGGAACUUGCCUGCAUUGAUACUCAAAGGGUGGGACUUUUAGUGAUUGUAAGUUCAGGGAUGGUUGCAUUGGUGGUUUUCAUAGUGGUUAUGGGUUCAUACACUAUGAUAUUAUACACCCUCCAUGGACACUCUUCUGACAGCCGCAGAAAAGCUCUGUCUACGUGUGGUUCCCACAUCACUGUUCUUGUCUUGUUCUUUGGCCCUGUACUCUUCAUUUACAUUAGACCAGCCACCACCUUCAGUGAGGAUAAAGUGUUUGCCCUUUUUUACACCAUCAUUGCUCCUAUGCUCAAUCCUUUCAUCUACACUCUGAAAAAUAAAGACAUGAAAAAAGCAGUGAUGAAUAUAUGGAGCAGAAACAAGUUUUUAAGAAGAAAACUCAUUUUCUGA